UUACGUUCUAAUGCGCGCACAAAAGUUAAUAAAUUAAUAGUUGCAGUAGAUUAACUAACAAACAAUUGCAACAUGUCGCAUCCUCACCAGGAAAAGCUCGAUGAUAUUUGCCAGAGCAUUGUGUCGCAGCUAGAGGGGCGCGACGUCGAAGUGGAUAGGAAAUUUAUAGAUUUUGUGGUGCAUCUGCUCGUUCGGGACAUGCGCCUUGGGCUAUUGAAAACAGAUUUAAGCAAGCCAAGCUCAUGCCACAUCAAGACGUUCGUCGACAACAUUAUCAACGGCUAUUUGGACAACACCAAUACAACCAUGGCCAAUCUGCGUUUGUCCUGGAUCAUGAAGACAGGCCACGGCAUCCAGUUGUCUUACGUGCGCGAGAAAUACGAGAAUGACUAUCAGAAUCAGCUCAAGCUGCUCAUUGAUGAUAUUCUGCAGUAUCCAGAGACUUGCAGCAAAGUGCAGCUGGAUCAAUUAUUUUCCAAAAUGCAAGUCUUCAUAGUGGCCACCAAUCAUCUAGGCUGUCCCAAAAACCAUGUGCUCCUCAAGCUGGCCGCCAUGGCAUUGAAUAGCGUCAUCGGGCGCAGCGACCUACAGAACUAUGUGCUCAAGAAGAAGUAUCACAGGAAAGAGUAUUUGCAACGUUUGGCUGACACUGUGGCUGGCAUUGUCAUCUACAACAACGACGGACCCGACGGCGAUCGCGAAAAUGUUCGAAAUAUAAUUGGAGAUUUGCAUAUGGCCCAAAGCAAUACAAGUGCCGCCUUUGAGACAGCGCUGGAAUAUCUCAAGGAGCUGAGCACCAAGUGCCAGACUACGAUUAGCGACCAGUUGCAGUUCGAUUGCAAGAACGCGGUGCUCUACUACCGCAUGUCGCUGGCUCAGAUGGAGCGCGUCAAUCAAUUCACAAUCACGUUUAAUAUGCUGAUGCGAUGCUUGGUCGCGCUGCAGACCAGCUAUGAGCAUACGGCGUAUUUGGUGAGCGUGGAGACGGGUCGCUACGAAUGUGUGGUGGCCAAGAUCAACGCAACACUGUGCAUGCGCAGCUCUAUUGAAUCGGAGCUGGUAUUUCCACACUUCGUCUACCUGUCCAAGGUCUGGGCGAAUCUCAACCAAUAUUUCAAUCACAUUGUCGAGUUGAACAAGCUGCGUGAGCGUCUCGAAGCCCAGGUCCCUACUCAGAUGGUGGACCGCGCGAAGGAAACGAUUUUGGAAAUUCAGGAGCUGGGGAAACAUCAACCUGCAAUGCGCGAACGCACAUUCGAUCAGCUCAUGGAAAGUUUGAAGCAGUAUCAAACUGACGGCAACUUUUGCAGCCUCGCUCAGGCGGAUAUCAAAGAGUUUUGCGCUCUCGCGAUGGCCUUGACAAAUGGGCUACUUCUGCCAGCCAAGGUGCUGCGCAAGCUCUGCAUGAAUCUCGACAUUAAGUUUGGUUUUCAAGACGAGACUUAUGCUCGCAUAGGUGAAAUCUGGUUCGAACGUUUCAUAACCGCUUUAAGACAGUCCAUCUUCAACAAUGCCAACUUGGCCUUACUGUUCAAAUUGGACCAUAUUCUGAUAGCCAAAGAGAUGCUGCCAGCGCCCGUAGAGCGUCCGAAGACAAAGAAUUUCAGAGGACAGACAGAAAUGGUGAUUACCAAUGACUUGGCACCGGCCAAUUGGAUAAACGUGACUUGGAAUGCCUGGGAUUAUCAUCGAGAGACAAUCCAUCUGGCCGAGAUACGCAAAAGACAGACGCGAGAUGCCCAAUCAAAGAUCACCUAUGGCAAACGCAAUGCACAGAAUCAAACAUACAAUGUACGCCAUCAUUUGCGUUAAGCAUUCACCUGCAUU